CUAGUGGAUCCCCCUAAUCCUGCCUCACCCCUUUUUCAUCCCUGCCCCAUCCCUGUGCCUGGAACGCUCACUCUCUGCAGCCCCCAGCUCCAGCCUUACCCUCGCCCCAUAUCAACUGAGGUAGAGACUUCUUUAAUAGAGCACUGCUUUUUUCAGAUUCUUUCAAAAGAAGGGCUAAAAAAAGAAAAACACAACUAUGUCCACCAACGAGCUUUUCAACUGCCAUUAUUGCAAAGACUCCCUGCUGGGGAAGAAAUACAUAAUGAAAGAGGACACGCAGUACUGCACUAAGUGCUAUGAGAACCUGUUCGCUAACUGCUGUAAGAGCUGCUCUUUAGCAAUUGGCUGCAACUGCAAGGACUUGUCCUACAAGGAUCUCCACUGGCAUGAGCAAUGUUUCAAGUGUGCAAAGUGUAGCCGCUCUCUGGUGGAAAAAGCCUUUGCCGCUAAGGAUGAUUUGUUGCUUUGCACCGAAUGCUACGCACACGACUAUUCUUCUAAGUGCACCACCUGCAAGAAAACUGUCAUGCCAGGAUCCCGUAAAAUGGAAUACAAGGGGAACAGCUGGCAUGAGACCUGCUUCCUGUGCCACCGCUGCCAGCAGCCAAUAGGAACCAAGUCCUUCAUCCCAAAAGACACCGGCUACUUUUGCAUGCCCUGCUUUGAGAAGCAGUUUGCCUACCAAUGUUGUGCUUGUAAGAAGGCCAUCACAACUGGUGGAGUGACCUACCAAGACAAGCCAUGGCACCGCGAGUGUUUCCUAUGCAUCGGCUGCAGAAAGCAGCUGUCGGGUCAGCGCUUCACCUCCAGGGAAAACUACCCUUACUGCCUCGAAUGCUUCAGCAACCUGUAUGCAAAGAAGUGUGUGGGCUGCACCAAGCCCAUAACAAGUCUGGCAGGGGCCAAGUACAUCUCUUUUGAGGAGCGCCAGUGGCACAGCGAGUGUUUCACCUGCAUUCAAUGCUCUGUGUCGCUGGUGGGACGCGGCUUCCUCACCCAGCGCGACAACAUAUUGUGCACCGACUGCGGGAGGGAGAAGUGAUCUUUCCAUGGAGGGGUCACAGGUUCAUCCCAAUAAUAAUGAGAGCUCCUGUUCUGAUACAGAUGUUGUGUAUCCAUAAAUAUUUCUUCUUCUUCGC